AUGGAGGAGAACGCCGUUAAGGUCUUCCGCGCCACAUUCGAGUCGGGCCGCGUUUUUACAGUGUCGGGUAUGAAAAAACUCAUCAAUAUGGGAUUCAACCUAAACAGUGCAAUCCACCAGGAAACAGGAUGGAGCAUCUUACACUACGCGGUGAAAUCAACCGAUUUCCAAUUUGUUAAAUUUCUACUGAGUGUUAACGCGGAUCCAAACAAUACAGACAAAAAAGGACGGACGCCUUUGCAUUAUUCCGUCUCCAAAAACUUAUCCGCCUAUGUGAAACUUCUGAUUAAGCACGGUGCCGACCCGAACCGCGAGUGCAACGAACAUCUUACACCAACAGCACUCGCCGUCGCCGAAGACAAUUCAGAGAUGCUGACACUCCUAAUAUCCCUCGGAGCCGACCCCGACCGUAUCGUAGAGUUGGAUGGCCAGCAGGUGACACCUCUGCAACUCGCAGUGAAUGUGUACAAUUUUAAAAUCGUACGGCUGUUGUUGGAGAAUGGUGCGGAUCCAGACAAAAGUGUCCCCGCGACGGGAGAGAAACAGCGUUACACGUCGCCGUACGCGUCCGUCCACUCGAGAGAAGACAGCUGA